GUUAACUGCAACACGACUCUAAACAUUUUUCCCGUGAACAAGUACAUCCCAAAGUUACACAUACAACGUUGAGUUUCUGAAUGGUCCUGCCUACGCUGACGGGCCACGGCGCAGAACUGACGUCGGCGCAGCGGGGCCAAGCGCACGAGAGAGGACCCCCGAAUACCUGGCGCUGCUGCGGAGGAAAAGAUUUAGUAAGCUGCGGCACAGCUUCCAUAAGUAUUCGCCGGCCGGAGAUACAGAGUGCAGACGACGGAGGCAGAACGGGGAAGAGACCCGGGGUCCUGGGGGUGGACGUCAUUAAUGGUCUUACAGCUGGCUUUGGUGCGGGGUCCAUUCGGUCUGCCAUUGUGCAUAUACGCCACCAUCCUUUUCUUACUUUCUAUAUCUUCCUAAUUCUUCCCCAUAACACUAACCUCUUACCUCGCCGUCUAUGACGAACGCUGUCGUCGACG